AAAACCCACAGUCAAAUUUGAAAAUUUCCCUUAUAUAGUAAGCCGUUGUGUUGUUAGGUCUUAAAUACUAGUCGUAAGUAGUGGCGUACAGAAAUCCGUGUGGGCGGGGCGAUUAUAUCACCAUCACCAUCAUAUAAAUAGAGAAAGAAGAGAAACUCUGGCGAUUGAAACAGAGAGGCAGAUUGCAGCAAAAAGAGGAAGAGAGAAAAGGAAAAAACAGAGGGAGAGAAAGUUACCCUUUUCCCCUUCCUUUUGUUCUCUCCCAUUUUCCAGACUUUUAAAACCAUAAAUCCCAGCUGGGUAUCGAGUUAAUAGUUACAAUCCAACACCACUGUGAAAAAGUUUCGAUCUUGGCUGUUUUUUACUCCUUUUGGGGGGAAGAGAAAGAGGAGCUGUCUCGCUCUAUAUAGGAACAAAGGAUGAGAGCUUUAUCCAUUUCCAGCUAGCUACGAUAGCUAGUUAGUUUUACCCCUAAAGCUUCUGGCUUCUGCAGUUUAUCUUGUACGUAACUCUCUCUCUUUCUCUCUCAGUAAAUUCUGGAUAUGGGGUUUUGAUGAUCUGUGUGUUCUAGUUCUCAUCUCCCUCGAAUUCUCAGCUGGUAAUUCUGUGCCCAGAGCUCAUUUCAGCUGGUACCUCCUCUGUUUUCUGUUCUUUAGAUGUGAUUACAAUUACAUUUGUUUCUUGUUAUCUUUGUUAAUGUUUAUGGAAGAUGGGAAUUAACGACAAGAAUAAAAGAUGUCAUCAUCUUUAUAUCUGUGGUCUACGUCUUUUCCCUUCUGGGUUUUGGUUGGUAUCCGAGAAAAAGAUUUUUAAGAGGAAGGAAAUGAAGCCGGGGGAAUUUUUGUGGUCUAAAUACCUUUUGCUUCACUUCUCUCUUCUGGGUUGUGUUUGGUUGCUGAGAAAGUUAGAUUCUUUGGAAGAUAAAUUACUUUCCCAUGUAGAGGAACUAGAAGCAAAAUUAAAAAGCUUUUCCGCCAUCCUUCAUUCCUCUUCUUCCCAGGACCAACUUGCACAUAGAUUAGAGAAGAAAAUGGCAAUCCAACUUGAGGACCCACUUGUGUUUGUUGGGUUGAUUAAUCAGUUCAAUUUGCCAUACCUCUCUCUCUCUCUCUCAGCAACCAAACAAACCCCAGAAAGUGGAAACUGCUAAUUAGGAAAAUGGCAAGAGUCUCCAUCCCUAGUUGUAGAGGUGUAUAAAAGGAGACACCAUAUACAUUCUUGAUCAGCAGUUCAAUUUCUCUCAAAAUGGGGCAUCUUUCUGCAAUGUUCAAGCUUGCACGGUCUCUCUCUAUGAAGAAAAGCAAGAACUUUUGUGGGGAUGGGGAUAAUGGUGGAGGUGGUGGCAGAGAGGCCGCGAAAGCCAUGGAGAAAGAAGCUAAGAAGAAUGAGUUGAUCUUGAGAUCAUCUGGUUGUGUAAAUGUUGCUGGUUCCAAUAACUUGGCCUCGUUGUUCUCGAAGAGGGGAGAGAAGGGUGUUAAUCAGGAUUGCUUCAUCGUUUGGGAGGAAUUCGGUUGCCAAGAGGACAUGACAUUCUGCGGGAUAUUCGACGGGCAUGGACCAUGGGGACAUUUUGUGGCCAAGAAAGUGAGGGAAUCACUGCCAUCACACCUGCUGUGCAACUGGCAAGAAGCCUUAGCUGCUGCUGAAUCCUCUUCGGUCGAUUAUCUUCUCGACGAAAUCGACUUGGGAUCUGAUAAAAAGCUCCAGAGAUUCAACAUGUGGAAGCAUUGCUACUUAAAGACAUGUGCUGCUGUGGAUCAGGAGCUGGAGCAGCACCGCAGGAUUGAUUCCUUCCACAGUGGCACCACCGCCUUGACCAUCGUCAGACAGGCAAGUGAAAUGGGUUUUCAUACUUUCGAUAAAACACUUAGCUGAGUUCUAAGACUAUGUCCUUGUUCCUUAUGUAUACAGGGAGAGUUGCUUUAUAUAGCCAAUGUGGGAGAUUCUAGAGCUGUUUUGGCCACAUCAGAAGAUGGAAUUUUGGUGCCUGUUCAGCUUACUGUAGAUUUCAAGCCCAGCCUACCUCAAGAGGCAGAGAGGAUAGUGGAAUGCAAGGGCAGAGUGUUCUGCCUCGGCGACGAGCCAGGGGUCCAUAGGGUCUGGCUACCGGAUGAAGAAUCGCCAGGGCUCGCAAUGUCUCGAGCUUUCGGAGACUACUGCAUCAAGGAUUUCGGUCUCAUCUCCGUGCCCGAAGUGACCCAGAGGCACAUUUCCAGUAAAGACCAGUUCGUGAUCAUGGCGACGGAUGGAGUGUGGGACGUGGUGUCGAACCAGGAAGCUGUGCAGAUCGUAUCGUCCGUGACGGACCGGUCGAAGGCGGCCAAGUGCCUGGUGAAGGCCGCGAUGAAGGCCUGGAGGCGGCGGAGGAGAGGGAUUGCCAUGGAUGACAUCUCUGCUGUUUGCUUGUUCUUGCAUUCUCCCCCUCCACCUCCUCCUUUUGCCGCCACAAAGAUGGUUUGAGACAAAAAUUGGAGAUUCUGUUCUGUUUUGUAAAUUGGGCCACAAAAGAGGGUAGUCGUUGCUUUCCGUGGGUCUCUUUUAAGUUUUAUGUCCAACUACUAGACUUCGUAGGAAAAUCAACCAGUCUCAAGAACAUAUGAGACUGCCCAGAAUAUGAGAAGGGUCACCUCAAAAAACACAAUUACAAGCCGGUUUCAACGAGAAUUGAAAGAGAAUAAGCCGCUGACAAAUCCAGG